GUAUAAGUGUGUAUGAAAAGUGUGUAUAAGUGUGGUUGUUGGAAUUAUUGGGACUGGGACUUGGGAAUUUGUAUUGUUCUCUAUCUCUCUCGUUUCUGUAUACAACACUUUCAAUUCAUACACCAUUUAUCUUCUUCAUCUUGUUUAGUGAAUUCAAUCUGAAAUUAGCUAGUUCCUAACAUUGGUAUCAGAGCACGAUGGAAGUAAGAUUGGAGAACGUGGAGCGCGAGUUGACGAGGCGGUACGGAAACAUGACGCAAAAUUUUGAGAGUUAUCGCGAGGAGAUGCAGAACUAUCGGAAUGAAAGGCUGAAAGAGUUGGCGGAAUUGCGCGAAUUGAUCUUGCAGAUGAACGAUCAACAUGAAAGAAGGAAAUCAAGAUCUUCAAGGCGGUACACUGUACAUGAGAGUCCUACACCGUCUGAGGCCAGAGGUAAGUCGAGAACUUCGUAUCACAAUUCGAAAUCGCGAACCAUUUUUGUGAGUUCGCAGGAUAGGUCGCAAACUUCUUCUCGCAAUCCGUCAGCAUCAUCGCGAGCACAAGAGCCCAGUUCGCGUUUGCGAACAGUUCCUUCCAGUUCGCAGAUGCGAACAGUUCCACUCAAUUCGCAAUUUGAAGUUGAUGUUCCUAGUUCGCAGUCGCGGACCUUUUAUUUCAAAUCGCAAGUGUCGGCUCCAAAGGAUUUACACAGUUCGCAGAUCGCUUUUCAACAUUCGCAGAGCUCUUCGACUUUGCAGAAUUCGUUGCUACUUGCUUCGCUGGGUUCGCAAGCUUCGUCUCAGACGCUAACUAUUUCUACGAGUUCGCAAUUACUAACAGAGCAUCAUCACUCGUCAUCUCAAGUUUCUACUCUGGAUAUUUCAUUGACUACACCAAAUUUUGAAUGGAAUCCAGCUGAACCCUCAGUUUCAGAAUCAGAUUCAGACGAGGAUAGUAAUCAAUCGACAGGAUAUUCACCAGAUAUUCUGGAAGAACCCGAACAGUUCAAACUAGAUAUUCCUUACAUUCAGGAAGAAAAUUGUACAUACCAAACUGAUCCUAACUUGGAGCUGAACAACAAUAUCACAGGUAAUGAUGUGGAGAACCUGUCUCACCUACGAAUCCAUACCUAUGACUUUGGGAGGUAUGUAUCUGCAAUAGACCGAAAUUCAGAAUACUUUAAAUUCUUGUGGGGUAGAGUUCAACAACAUGAGGUGAGGGUUAUAGGGGAUAUUGUGCUCCUUCAUUCGUCAGAAAGAAUUUUGGAAGGGCUGAAUAAGUUGGAUGGCUCCAGAAUUGAUGGUGAAAUUUCUGGGAAGUAUGUCCAGAAUGGGCUAGGAGUAGGAAUUAUUGGGAAUUGGAGGGAAAAGGUUGACUAUGAUACUGACGAUAAUGAUAGUGUUGAAGUGUCUGUAAGGAUUAACAAUGAUAUCAAUUCUGCUAUCUUCCAAGAGGCCUUGAUAAUUGGGGAAAAUGCAAUAAGAAUGCCAAAAGUGGGUUUAAUCAUUCAAGGAGGGGUAGGUCUGGAUUAUGGGUUUCAUAUGGCUAUUCACUGGUAUGAGAAUCUUUACUUCCCAUUAUUGGUGAUCACACAGAAGAGAGUGAGAAGUAUCAGACUGCUGCCUGUUGACCUCAAGCUUAAAAUGUAAGGAAUUCCAAGGUUGAAAUUGACAUCUCACAUAUUAUUCUUAUCGGAUUACCAACUUUGGUAAUUUCCUAUUCUGUGGCUAGAAGACCAUGUGUUGGAUCCCUUGUACUUGUGAAUGGUACUUACAGGGAAUUUGAUAACUCUUAUUUUGAUUCGUCCAUUCUUCAGCAUCAGCCACAAAGAUUGAAUAAUUUUGGUUCUUUAAAAAUGUUGACUAUUGAGAGAGUCAGAGAGAGGCUGUUUUUAAAGUUUAGUCAAUCAUAUGGGUGCUGGAAUAUUGUGCUGAAAACAUGAGUUGCUAUUCGUUAAAGGAGUUUGAUGCGGUUAGCAAUUUUAAGAAUCAUGGCGAUGUUUUUGAACUUAUUUCCGAAUACCUGAUGUGUGGAAUCAGUGUGAAUCUGGACCCUAUUAUUCAUGCUGCUGUAAUAGAGGUCUACCAGAAGGAACAACUCAUGGACUUAACUGUGAAAACAGAAAUUGGUAAUGGAGUGGAGCUGAAGUAAAGUUUCAACCUUAUAAAAUGAUCUUAUGCUUCAAUGAUCCCAAAGUGAACUGUUCCAGUUGUGGAAUUUUAAAGAAAUCCGAGCUAAAUGAUGAUGUUGGGAAUAUAGAAAUGGAGCCUUACUUGCUUGGAAAAAUCUUUCAGGCUUCUUUCUCCUCCCUUGAGCUAAGAGAGUUGGAUGCAGAUCCAAUUAGGGAAGCAAAAAGAAUUCAGGAAUGUUUAUCUCGGGGUUGUUUGGAACACAGUUCACGCGCAUAUCAGAAUUGUUGAAAGCAAACAAGAGGAACAGUUUCCUCCUUGAAAAUUAUUUUGAGGCUCAAGAAGCAGAGGCUAGAGAUAUUGAAGGUGUAGAGCACAUUCACAUGGCCCCUAUAUCCAUUUUCAGAAAUGGUUGGAGGGGUAUAAUGGUGGUUGCUACUCAUUUAGGUGGAAUAUAUUUGAUAGUGGGGGUUGUUUCAGAUAGCAUACAAAACUGUUCUCAUCAGGAAGCAUCAUUUGUUCUUCCUGUAACUAUGGAUGGCCUGGCCCAUGAGAAUGACUCUGUAGAGGUUUUAGCAAUUGGUGUUGGCCAGGUUCUAGUGAAACAUAAGGGUAUCAUGCCCUUACCUGAGCUACUGGCUAUAGAAAAAGUGAUAACAAUGAUUCAGUUCAUAAAGUUCAGAAUCCUGAAAUUUGGAAGAUACUGGGAAGCUCGAGGCGCAAAGAUGAGGAAGAAGCUGUUCGUCAGGACUGUCUCCUAUGACCCACCUUGAGGACAAGGUGGUUGUCAAAGGGGGAGUAAUGUUAGAGACCUACAUAGAAUAAUAAGGGACCUACAUAGAAAAAUUAGAAACAAGAAGAGUAUUAGAAUUAGUAUAAAUAGAGGUGGAGGGUAGAAUAGAAAAGAGGUUGGAAUUAUUGGGACUGGGACUUGGGAACAUGUAUUGUUCUCUUUCUCGUUUCUGUAUACGACACUUUCAAUUCAUACACCAUUUAUCUUCUCCAUCUUGUUCCUAACAUACACAUGAAUCUUAGAUAUUAUGUAAAAGAAAUUCGUAAUACCGGUCUAGUUUCAGAUUGGGUAGAACUUUGUGGUCAUGCGUGC